AUGAUUCUAAAGAGAUAUGCCGUUAAAAAACACUUAAACUUAAACUCUCCCUCCCUCUCUAUAUAUCUCUCCCACUUUUUUUAUCUCCCUCCCCUAUUCCCCUUCUCUUCCUCUCUCUCUCUCCCCUUCUCUUCCUCUCUCUCUCUCUCCCCUUCUCUUCCUCUCUCUCUCUCCCCUUCUCUUCCUCUCUCUCUCUCUCCCCUUCUCUUCCUCUCUCUCUCUCUCUCUCUCUCUCCCCUCUCUCUCUCCCCCCUUCUCUCUCUCUCUCUCCCUUCUCUCUCUCUCCCUUCUCUCUCUCUCCCCUUCUCUCUCUCUCUCUCCCCUUCUCUCUCUCUCUCCCCCUCUCUCUCUCCCCUUCUCUCUCUCUCUCCCCUUCUCUUCCUCUCUCUCUCCCCCCUUCUCUUCCUCUCUCUCUCUCCCCCCUUCUCUUCCUCUCUCUCUCUCCCCCUUCUCUUCCUCUCUCUCCCCCCUCUCUUCCUCUCUCUCCCCCCCUUCUCUUCCUCUCUCUCCCCCUUCUCUUCCUCUCUCUCCCCUUCUCUUCCUCUCUCUCCCCCUUCUCUUCCUCUCUCCCCCCUUCUCUUCCUCUCUCUCCCCCUUCUCUUCCCUCUUUCCUCCUUCUCUUCUCUCUUUCCUCCUUCUCUCUCUCUUUCACUCCUUCUCUCUCUCUUUCACUCCUUCUCUCUCUCCUUUUUUCCUUCUCUCUCUCCUUUUUCCUUCUCUCUUUCACUCCUUCUCUUUCUUUCUCCCCCUCCCCCCGAACUUCCAUUAUUUGACUUAAUUUUAGGAUUUUACAAUUUAACUAACCUGAAAAUAUGA